CGCGGGGUUUGGAGCUUGUAAGAGUGACGUACUUUGCAGCGAGGAGUGGGCGUGGGUGAUAUCUCCAAUUUACUAAAGUUGGACUUGGCUGAGCCUGCGCAGUGUGCAUCUGUGUUUUUGUGGUGAUAGACCUCUAUAAUCAAGUAGAAACUUCCUGAAAUCAGUGGAGGAAAACAAGUGAUUGACCAUGGGAAUCCUUAUGUCUCUUAAACAAUACUUUUCAAUGAAAGAAAUGAGAAUUCUCAUGGUUGGUCUGGAUGCUGCUGGAAAAACUACCAUUCUGUACAAAUUGAAGCUUGGUGAAAUUGUUACCACCAUUCCCACGAUUGGUUUUAAUGUUGAGACGGUAGAAUACAAAAACAUCAGUUUCACUGUGUGGGAUGUUGGUGGCCAGGACAAAAUUCGAUCACUGUGGCGUCAUUACUUCCAGAACACACAAGGGUUGAUAUUUGUGGUUGAUAGUAAUGAUAAAGAGCGUGUGUCUGAGGCACGUGAGGAACUGAUGCAGGUGCUUGCAGAGGAUGAGUUGCGCAAUGCUGUUCUUCUUGUCUUUGCCAACAAACAGGAUCUGCCGAAUGCAAUGAGUACAGCUCAAAUCUCAGACAAGCUGGGCCUGAAUUCUCUGCGCAACCGGGUCUGGUAUAUUCAGGCCACGUGUGCCACCAGUGGUGAUGGUCUCUUCAGCGGUCUGGACUGGUUAGCUGGUCAGUUGAAACACAAGUGAGGACUGCUUUCUCACGAUUGUUUGGAAAAGUUGACUCACUCGAUGAGGUGAAUUUAGCCAUGCUAACGUUUUUACUUUCAUCAUUUCCUUGGGGUGUGGCGUUUGCUGUUUACUGUCUUGAAUCAAUGAUACACUCAAUAGUGUCUUUGAUUUUGCUGUAGUCUCUCUUCCAAGACUUGUUCAAGCAGCUCCUGCUAGCUUAAUGUGAGAAAUUCAAAUUUGAACUGGACCUUGCGGAAAGAUUUAAUGAACCGACAAUGCAUUAAGAUUUUAUUCAAUCAACAGUGCACUUACUGCAUUCCAAUAAGAUAUUUUGCUCCUGUUUUUUAAAAUGCACUUUUGACCACUGCUCUAAACUUGACAAGCAUUUUGUUCAGUUCUUUUGUACUGCAUUGCAAUCACUGGAUUAGUAACUUGUUCUGGAUAUUUUAUAUUUUUGCUUAAUGCCUAACCAGUAACAAUAGGUACUACAAAACUAACCUUAUUAAAUAUUUAAUCUGUUCACCUCUG